AUGGCAGAACUACCUCCAGUACGUCGAAUAGUCACCGACCACAGCCCCGACGGCAAAGCAAUAAUAGGCCAAGACCAAAUCCUCACCCCAGCCAACCCCCUCGACCCUUCCGGCGGCCCACCACCCCCCAACAGCCUCGUCCCCGGCUUCACGUCCAUCUUCCGAACCGACGGCCACCCAGCAUCCGCGCAAGGCCCCUGGACCGACCCUCACGGCCAAAUGCAGAACCUCGUCAGCAACGAGGGCGUCGUGUGCCGUAUCGUGGAUUUCCCGCCUGUCCCCAAGGAUGCGCCGAGGGAGUUGAGGGAUCAGGUGAAUAUUUUCCAUCGGACGACGAGCGUGGAUUAUGGGGUUGUGUUGGAUGGGGAGUUGGAUCUUGUGCUUGAUGAUGGGGUUAGGACGACAGUGGGAAGGGGGGAUGUGGUUGUGCAGAGGGGAACGAAUCAUCUUUGGCAGAAUAACACGAAGGAGAAUUGCAGAGUUUUCUUUGUGCUUGUACCUGCGAAGCCGAUUAAGGUCGAGACAACUGGUGAGCUGUUGAAGCCAACGAACACGAAGCACCUUGAAGAAACGAAGGAAGAGUCGUAA